AAAACAAGAUUCAAUUAUCAAAAGAACAUUUAGGAAUGGCAAUUAAAUAUUUUUAUUUACUAGUGUUCAUUGUCUUGGCUUCCGAUAAAGUUGUUGCCAAGAGACACUCUUCAACACCUAAAUUAAGAAAAAGUGAUUUCCCCGAAGAUUUCAUUUUUGGAGCUGCAACCUCUGCGUACCAGGUCGAAGGAGCUGCUCAUGAAGAUGGUAGAGGACCUAGUAUAUGGGAUACAUUCUCUGAAAAAUACCCAGAAAAGAUAAAAGAUGGUACCAACGGAUCUAUUGCAGAUGACUCUUACCAUCUUUAUAAGGAAGAUGUGGGUUUAUUGCAUCAAAUUGGGUUCAAUGCCUAUAGAUUCUCCAUCUCGUGGUCGCGGAUUUUGCCUCGUGGGAAUCUCAAAGGAGGAAUUAACCAAGCUGGUAUUGACUAUUACAACAACUUGAUCAAUGAGCUUUUGUCCAAAGGAAUUAAGCCUUUCGCCACCAUUUUCCAUUGGGACACACCACAAGACCUUGAAGAUGCUUACGGAGGAUUCCGUGGGGCUGAAAUUGUGAAUGAUUUCCGCGAUUAUGCGGAUAUUUGUUUCAAGAAUUUUGGAGAUCGAGUGAAACAUUGGAUGACAUUGAACGAGCCAUUAACAGUGGUGCAACAAGGAUAUGUUGCAGGUGUUAUGGCUCCAGGAAGGUGUUCACAAUUUACAAACCCUAAUUGCACUGGCGGAAAUGGAGCCACCGAGCCUUAUAUUGUUGGUCACAACCUCAUCCUUGCUCACGGAGAAGCAGUCAAAGUCUAUAGAAAAAAAUAUAAGGCAUCUCAAAAAGGUCAAGUCGGUAUUGCUUUGAAUGCAGGUUGGAACUUACCUUAUACAAAAUCAUCUGAGGAUAGGUUAGCUGCGGCACGAGCCAUGGCUUUCACAUUCGACUAUUUUAUGGAGCCACUCGUGACCGAUGUUCCUUGCUCAAGCGAAAACGUUACAAUGUUCUCUGAUCCUUGUGCUAGCAUCACAGGGGAAAGAGAAGGAGUUCCCAUCGACCCUGUCAUGUACAUAACCGAAAAUGGGAGAGAUGAGGCUAGUACUGGUAAAAUCUUACUUAAAGAUGGUGAUAGGAUCGACUACUACGCUCGACAUCUCAAGAUGGUUCAAGACGCUAUCUCGAUUGGAGCCAACGUAAAGGGAUUUUUUGCAUGGUCUUUGCUAGAUAACUUUGAAUGGGCAUCGGGAUACACGGUCCGGUUUGGACUUGUUUACGUGGAUUUCAACGAUGGACUUAGCCUAAUGAUUCGAUUGAUUUUGGUGAACCCUAGGUGCGUACAUGUAUCGGAGCUAUGGAGGAACGCAGAUGUCAUGAUUUUUCUACAGAAGGUGAGGUUGAGAAAUCGAGCAUUCUUAGGGCCAAGCUUGGGGUACUUCAGUAAUCAUGAGAAAUAUGGAUUUGAUUUAGGAGAAUCUGUGGGAGACUUGGAUUUUGGAGAGGAUUCAAGAUGCAGAUUUGCUCUCGACAUUGAUCUUGAUGCUCCAAAGGUGAGAAUUCCUUUGAGGGCUGCAGGAUCGUCCAAGUGCAGUAGCCAUUUCCUAUUGGAUUUUGGUAAUUUUACGUUAACCACCAUGGAUACUCGGUCUGAGGAGCAAAGGCAAAACUUAUAUUCCCGGUUCUGCAUUUCGGGAAGAGAUAUUGCUGCUUUCUUUACAGACUAUGGAUCUGACAACCAAGGUUGCAGUUUAGUCAUUGAGGCUAUAUCAUUGGAAGGGCUUCAACGAACUUGAAGAAUGUGGAAGUGAUGAGUUAAGCAUAGAAUUUAAAUCCAAUGAUAUGAUGUCCUAUCUAUCUUGUUUGUGUGUUGAUGAUGAAGGAGAAGAAGUUUCAAAGAUUGGAGGUCCAAAGAGUGUGAAGAAUUCACAGGUUUUAAAUACAAGAGUUGUAUGAAACUAUCUUUUAAUUUGUACUUUUACUUUGUAAUAUAUAGGUCUUUUGUAUCAUGGUUUCACAUAAAUAUAAUAAAAUAUGCCAUUUUUA